CAGUCUGCACCGAGAGUAAUAGCGGAAUUAGUAGUGACCGGUAUCCGAGCCUUGGGGAAGGCCACCGCAGCUGCAGGCCAGCAGGCCAUGAGAAAUUUCGCACAUAAACCUGAGAAUGUACCAUCAUCGGGACCAGCAGGAUCUAGUUCCUCCAAGUCGGCAAUCACCAACCAAAUGCAGAUGACGUUGGAUGAGGCUCAUUUGAUAUUAAAUGUGAAGAAAGAAGAUCCUACAGAAGUCAUUAUAAAAAACUACGAACGUAUCUUCACAGCCAACAGUCCUGCUCCUGUACCCGAACCCUCACCUUCAACUUCCAAACAAAUCCAGAAACCCAGAGGUCCGACUCAUUCACAUUACCUACAAUCUAAAGUCUACCGAGCUCUCGAACGGAUAAAAGCAGAACGAGGAGAAGAA